AUAUAUAUGGAGGACCACAGGGGGGCAAUGAUAAUGAAUCUGAUCUAUAAUUCUCAAUUGAGUUCAUAGAUCCCCAAUGGCUGAUGAGAGCAUUGCAGUCUCAGCAUUGGCUGAAUCAGCAGAGAAUUCUGCAGAAUCAGCAAAGAAAUCUGCAUUAGAAGCCAUCGGUGAUGCUAAAGGUGCUGUGAAAAUUUUCACUGGCAAAAUCUUUGAAUCUGCAAAUAAGGCUGCAGAUUCAUCUAAGGAUUAUCUUCACAAAGCUAAAGAAAAUAUAGAGGAUUUGACCCAUAAAGCCAAAGAUUCAUCAAAAGAUUAUCUUCACAAAGCUAAGGAAAAUAUUGAAGAUCUGACCCAUAAGGCCAAAGAUUCAUCCAAGGAGUAUCUUGACAAGGCUAAGGGGAGACUUGAAGAUCUGACAGGGAAGGCCAAGGACUCAUCAGAAGAAUAUCUUCAUAAAGCUAAGGAAAGCAAUGAAGAGAUGAAAAACAAAGCAUCCAACUUGGGAGAGGGCUCUUCCAGUGAUCAAGAUGAGCCCCUGUCCUUUCCAUUGUCCAUCCUUGCCUGGUGUAGCACUUUAUGUAGUAAAACAACAUCCUCAGCAGGAGGGCAAGCUCCAAGAAGCUUGGAUGUGAGCAGCAUUGCUGCAAAUGAACAACUAUCUGAUGCAGCCCACAGGCUUGAAGAAUCUGGCGAGACUCUUGAAAGUCAGGCUGAAGGAUCCGGUAAGGCUCUUGAAAUUCGGGUUGAAGAAUCUGGUAAGGCUCUUGAAAGUCAGGCUGAAGUAUCUAGUGAGGCUCUUGAAAGUCAGGUUGAAGAAUCUGGUAAGGCUCUUGAAAGCCAGGCUGAAGAAUCUGGUGAGGUUCUUGAAAGGCAGGUUGAAGAAUCUGGUAAGGCACUUGAAAGUCAGGUUGAAGAAUCUCGUGUGCAUGUAACAGAGGCUGUUGAGCAUGUAACAGAUACUGUUGAGCAUGCAGUGACAACAUUAGAGGAAUCUGUUGAAACCAAAUUAGAAUCAUCUCAACCAGCAGAAAAGAACUCUGAGACUGCUCCAAGUGCUUAGGCAAAUAAAUACAGGAUCACAAGUUUAAGGCUUCCACAGUGUUUUGGUUUUUGUUUUAUAUUUAUAAGAUCACCGUGUGAGAGUCUUAAAAAUUUGAGAUUUCAAUCUUUCAAGGAAUAUGAGCUUUAUGUAAGAGAA